AUGGCAGCCAGAUCGGAAAUGAAAGGUUGCCAGGAUGGCUUUAUGGAGUCUCGAGAUGAUAUUCCGCUGAAAGAGUCUGGAAGCGAUGAUGUUCUUGAUGACCAGAAAGGCGAAUACCCGUCACCAGCCAAGCUGGCGCCUAUUAUCCUGGGUUUAUGCUUUCAAUCAUUUUGCAUCGCCCUGGACAAUACAAUCCUGUCGACCGCGAUCCCCAAAAUAACAGAAGAGUUUAAUUCUCUCGAGGACCUUGCCUGGUAUGCGAGCGCCUAUCUGUUGACAACUUGUGCGGUAACUCUCCCCUUCGGCAAGAUAUACACCUACUAUUCUACGAAAUGGACAUAUAUAAUCGCUCUUGGAUUGUUUGAGUUGGGGUCUUUGAUAUGUGCAGUGACACCAACAUCAAAAGGGCUGAUCCUUGGGAGAGCUAUUGCGGGAGUCGGAUCAGGUGGACUUUCUCCAGGUGCUCUCCUUGUCCUCGCCAAUACCCUACCUUUGCAUCGCCGUGCUCUAUAUUUUGGAAUUAUUGGAAGCACCAGCGGUAUUGCGACCGGUCAGUUGGCGAUGGUGCUUCUAUAUCAAUCUCCCCUUUGGAGUACUCACGGGAAUAUUCAUAAUACUGUUUUUCAAAGACUCAAAAAAAUACCCAAAAAAAAGCUCGAGCCUGGAAAAAUAAACAAAGUCAAAAGAAUGGACCCGUGGGGGAUUCUUGUUUUCAUACCGGCUAUCAUAUCGAUUUUGCUCGCCAUGCAAUGGGGAGGGACAAAGUACGAAUGGGCAGAUCCCCGAAUCAUUGUUCUCAUUGUGAUAUUCGGUGUAUUUGGCUCCGUAUGGUGUGUGAUUCAAUUCUGGAAGCAAGAAGAAGCCACGGUUCCGCCUCGUCUGCUGAAGGAUCGCAAUGUUCUUGGCGCUGUCAUCCACGCAAUGUUCUUAGGAGGCUCUUUCUUUGUAUUUGGGUACUAUCUUCCGAUUUGGUUCCAAGCAAUCGAAGGAGAAUCAGCGUCAGAGUCUGGAAUCAACAACCUUCCCAUGGUGGUUUCGAUGAUAGUAUGUUCGGCGAUCGGAGGAUUGCUGGUCAAUCUCAUUGGGUAUUAUACACCUCUCAUGUUUCUCGGGAGCGCGCUUCUCACAAUCGGGUCGGGACUAUGUACAACAUUCCAAGUUCAGACUUCGCACGAAAAAUGGAUCGGCUACCAGAUUAUCAUCGGCAUCGGAGCUGGAGUAGGAUUCCAACAAUGCAUCAAUGCUUUGCAGACGGUCUUGCCAUUGCAUGACAUACCCAUAGGGAUUGCGAUCAUCACUUUCUCACAAAGCCUGAGCGGUGCAAUGUUUAUCUCGAUUGCUCAAAAUGUUUUUCAGAACCGGCUAGUAGCAGGUCUCAUUGAAAAUGCCCCCAUGGUCAACCCCAUUUCCGUCAUCCGAUCGGGAGCAGCAAAUUUGUCACACCGGCUCCCAAAGGAGGCUCUUCCUUCUGUUCUCUACGCGUACAAUCUCGCUGUAACGGAGACAUUUUAUGUUUGCGUAGCCACAGCAGGCCUAUCAUUCUUCGGAGCAUUGUUGGUUGAAUGGAAAUCCAUGAAACGCCAGCCAAAUAAGUCUCAAGACUGA